AUGGCGAGUGGUCUCGAGCGAGAAGUGCUACAUGACGUGGAUCGAAAAUCUAUGGCGAGAAGUGCGAUUGAAGAGCUUCGUGCCAUUGCGAAGCUGGGAGUGCCACUGGCAUUGUCGUCCGCUUCUGGCACGUUGAAUGGGUUGGUGUGCAGCGUACUGUUAGGUCGUUUGGAUACUUUGGCGCUGGCAGCUGUUUCGGUGAGUGGAAUCUGGACCUCCAUCACCGAUGUGCUCUUCUUCUCAGGGAUUGGGCAGCUGUCGAUGUUCUGCAGCCAAGCCUAUGGCGCUGGAAACUACGCCUUGGUGGGCACCUGGCUGCAAAUCUAUUUGGUCUUUGUGACUGCGGCUGGAACUCCUUUUAUGCUCCUGCGCUUUUUGACCAGCCCAGUUCUCCAAGCCUUUGGACUUCAUCACGAUGUUGCUGUCACUGCGGGAACUUACACUGUUUGGUCUCAAGUGGGCUUCCUUUUCGAUAUAUGGUAUGCAUCCAUCAAGGAGUAUUAUGCUUCUCAGCAGAUUACCUUGCCGGCAGCCAUCGUGGAUGGCGGCUUUGUUGUGGUGAACUUUCUGCUGAGCUACGCUGCGAUCUUCUCAUUCAGAGGUGGAAUCAUUGGUGCAGCACUGGCAUUUUCUGUUGGCAAGUUCCUUCGAACUGUCAUCUACAUACUCGUGUGUUGGAGACGAGGGUAUCACAAGCGAACUUGGCCGGGUUGGUCCUACAAGGAGAUCUUCGUUUGUGAGAGGUGGCGUCGUUUAUUAGCAAUGACCAUCCCGGCCGCCAUUGGAGGCUUUGCUGAGGAGUUGCAGUUCCAGGUUUGCACCUUGAUGGCCGGCGAACUCGGUCCGGCCGAAACGGCGGCCUUUGCCCUGGUGAUGAACAUCUUGGUCUUGGCCUUUCUAUUUGCCAUGGCCAUGGGGGAUAGCAUCGGGAUUCGUAUGGCCAACUGCUUGGGUGAGGGCCACGCAGCAAAGGCGGCCUUCACCGCGCGCUUGGGGGUCACUGUGUCCAUCGUGGGCAGUAUCCUUAUUGCAACCAUCGUUUUUGCAUUGGUACCUCUCGUAGUGCCGCUCAUGUCGAAGGAUCCAACAGUUCAACAGCAAAUGAUUCGUCUACGAUGGGCUGGCACCGUUACCAUUGCCUUAAUUGGAGGCGUCCUGCCAGUCGUCACAGUGCUUACAAAGCAGGGCCGAACCAAGAUUGUCAGCAUCACAUUGCCAGUCUGUUGUUGGCUGCUUGGCUUUCCGAGCAGCUACUUCCUGGGAAGAAUCCAUGGGCUGCUCGGGAUAUGCGAAGGCCUCAUCAUUGGCUACUCUGCAGCCUGUGUUUGCUUGAUGGUGGCCUUCGCAUUGUCGAACUGGCCAGCCUUGGCUCUGGAUGCUCAGCGCCGUGCUGAAGUCAUGAAUCUUGGGAUCAGCGAAUGCAGCCGAGUUGGCCUCGUGAGGCUUCGCGCCGAGAACCGGAAAUUCACCAACCGUCUCUGCGGUCUGCAGCUCGAGGUGGAAAGCCGUAGCAAUGCUUUCGAUACCUUCAGUUGGGUCACUGAGGCAGCACACACGGAGGGCCCACGGUUUUGCCGCCCUGUGGCACUUCGUGCCUAUGACAAAGCCGUAUCUUUGCUUCCAGCUUUGGUUGUGCACACCUUGUUGUGUCACAAAGUGCGGCCAUAUCUGCAGUCCAGGUGGCCGCUCAUGAAAUACUUAGCUUUGCUCCUGCCAAAUCCGCAGCGGCGUGAGUUUGCGUGCAAACGUGUGCUAUUACAGCACAUUUUGGAGCUGUCCAAACCUACGACCGAGGUCAUAAGAUGUCCACGCGUGUGUGUGGGCUACAAGGCUGAAACAGUGGUCUCGCUGGGGAAGGGCCGCAGCUGCGUCUCCUCGAAGCUCUCAGUGGAGCGACCCUUGAGCCUUCUGCAGGCACCUGGGCCUCUUUCGGACGUGCAGCGGCGCGUGUUGGCUGCACUUCUGCCCAUGUGCUGCUUGCCGUACGCAAGAAGCUCCCUUCGUGGAAGCACACGGGACUGGGUCAUUGGACUGCUCCUGGCUUGGGGCAAGGUUGCCGCUUCGUCCCUCCAACUGAACUUGCCCUAG